AUCGAUCACUACACCGUGAAAUAAGUCGAGUUAAACCUGUUUUCUGCUGACGAUAUGGCCAGCAUAGAUGUAUUGUCAACCAGGUUUUUCUCCUUCGGCAAAAUGCACUGUUACGAUUUACGCGAACUAAGCUUUGUAGACUGGCCAUUUAGAGAGCAAUGUAACUGCACACCUGAAAAGAUGGCCAAGGCUGGGUUUGUCCACUGCCCCAGUGAGAAUGAGCCUGAUGUUGCUUGCUGUUUCUUCUGUCUGAUCGAGCUUGAGGGUUGGGAGCCGGAUGACGAUCCCUUUUCUGAACACUUAAAACGCUCUCCUAACUGUGGAUUCUUAACCAUGAAGAAAGACUUCACUGACCUGACUGUGGCUGAAUUGUAUCAUAUAGAAAGGGAGAGGCUAAAGGUCUAUCUUAGAAAGGCUUGUCAUAAGAAGAUGGCAUAUUUUCGGGAUGACAUAGACCAUACCUUCGAGAGCCUUAAAUCUCAGUUGCUUGAAAUCAAACUUCCUGUAAAUAUAUUGUGAUUUUAUUGCGACACUUAUCUUAAGGGUGUAGCACAAGCCUAUAUUCUUGAUAAACUGUUCUCAAUAGUUUGUUGUAAUAGCAGUUUAAAAUAUCAAUAAAGUUGUGAAGAAUUUUACAAUUUA